CAAAACGCACUGCAUUGGCCGAAAGUAUACCGCUCUAUAUUGAAACUGAUCUCUGAUUAUUUUCAAUAGUUGGCCAUUUUACACUGCUGGAGCAAAGUUUUUGAUGGGAAAAAAAUGUACGGUAUUGCACUGCAGUUAUGCACUUGGGAGAGGCGUGCUGUUCUUAAAAACAGUUGCACUAUUGCCGCUCUUUAGCACACAUUGCACGUUGAGCAUCUGGACGGAUUGCAGUAUUGCACUGUGCUGAAAGGGGUCCUUGCAAAAUAACGAAAAUACCUCUACAAUGGCAAAGGCAGACAGAGUGGCACCUCAGUUCCUGGGUCGGACCAAGCAGAACCAACUUCCCGAUUCGGAAUCAGAUUCUGAUCCAGAGGACUAUCAAGCGUCGAACACUGGAGCUGGGCAAUGCACGGGGACCAUUGUGCGCAAUCAGGUCAUCCACAGCGGACACUUCAUGGUGUCGUCUCCGCACAGCGAUUCCGCACCACGAAGGAGAAAAAGUGGAGCAUCAGUGGGGUAUGACUUCGAUACUGUGAACAGGACGUGGUGUCAGACUUACAAGUACGGUCCUCGAAGUUCUGGAAGCCUUAGCAUUGACCCAACGCUGACCCGGUUAUUUGAGUGCAUGACCCUGGCCUACAGCGGGAAAAUUGUCUCCCCAAAAUGGAAGUCUUUCAAAGGCCUUAAGCUGCUUUGGCGCGACAAGAUCCGUCUGAACAAUGGCAUAUGGAGAGCCUGGUACAUACAAUAUGUGGAGAAGAGGAAGAACCCUGUCUGCGGUUUUGUCACCCCACUGGAGGGGUCUGAGGCAGAGGCCCAUCGUAAACCUGAGGCUAUUGUUCUGGAAGGCAGCUACUGGAAACGUAGGAUUGAAGUGGUGAUUAAAGAAUAUCACAAGUGGAGGAUCUACCACAAGAAAAGGCUUCAGAAAAACAAAGAUGGCAUCUUGUCAAUGUUGCAACAGGGGCCGAUAUUCAGGGGAGGCUUGGAGAAAUGGUCCAGUCAGAUGUACCAGGAGCCCAUGCCGAUGCCAGAGGACGCACACAUGUUUGAUCUGGACUGCUUCCUGUCUGACAUUUCAGACACCUUGUUCACCAUGACUCAGAAGCCCUGUCCCUGGACGGGAGACAGACACAAGACUUACACCAGCAAUGCUGACAUGAUCCAGCCCGGCCUGACUCCGCUGCAGCCCAAUCUCGAUGACUUCAUGGACAUCCCAGAUAUUUUCAUGAGUCACCGUGGUCAGCCAGUGGACCAGGCUGGUUACACUGAGUGUGGGUAUUUUGGAAACAUGUCUGGGAGUGCCUUCUCCACUAUGUCCACCGAGCCUGUACUCCAUCCUGACAAUCAGCUGGCACAGGCUAGCCUACCCUCUGCGGGAAGCAACAGCAGACUGUCUCACCCAUCGUCGUCAGACUCCCUGUCGGACCAGGGCUAUCACAGGCAACCUUUGACCUCCGAGAUGGCUUUCAGCACCGGCGGCGUCACCCCGGAACACAAGUACAAAGCGCAGCUGGACUACGGCCCGCAUUCCGAGUACCAGGCCCACGGGCUGACUGCGGGGGAAGCGGCGUACGGGCAGCAGCCUUACACAAACGCCGCCAUGGCCUCCGCGAACAUGCACCCCGGCCCCCAGGACGGCCCCUUCCUCUACCCCGCCCCGUGCCACAAGUACCGGUACAGCUCGGCGGCGGCGGCGUCCUCCGUCAUCACCCACACCGGCUCCAUGAUCGGCGCCCUGGUGUCGGACCCGGCGGACCAGGGCUACCCCGCGCCGGACCUGUUCGCGCCGGGCCCCUGCGUGUCGGUGGGGUACCCUCCCCUCCCCGCCGCCCACGCCGUCCCGGUGUCCCGCGCCUCGUUCCCCGCCCCUCAUCAGCACUCGGACGUGGGCGUCCGGGGAAAGUACAGGCAGAAGACGUCCGGGGUGAAGACGGUGUCGUCGGCUGCGCCCACUUCCCCUCUGCAGACCAGCUGCUUAGCUAAGCUGCUUUCCACGGGCACACAAGAGCGUAAACCAACACCAGGAUUUGAUCCUACCUUAGCUGAGGCAAAGGGUCACUGUUCCCUGUCUCCUAACUCUCCAAGUGGCAGAAUGAAUGUGGGCGGGGCUUCGGGCCAGAUGCACCACGGCACUUCCUGUCCCUCCGGGAUCCCGCUCGUGCCGCCGCUGCACUGCCAAACUGCCCUCCUGCCCCCGGCGGAGGGCCUCGCGGGCUCCUCGCGCGGCUCCGCGGUGUCCGCCCUGCUCACCCAGGGCCCCCUGCCCUCGCAGACCCCGCUCCUCAUCCCCAAGACCGAGAAGCUGUCCCCCGUCCACAUCUACAGCAGCGACAGAAACAGCUUAACAGCGAGUUUCACACGGAACGCAGGCCAGAUGUCCCCAACAAACCCCGUAGAGAAGAGUUCCAACCCCCAGUCACCGCACUCCUUCCCCGGCCCAGCCAAGCUGGAGCCAACCAAGACUGAGACCAGAAGAAUAACUCACAUCUCGGCAGAGCAGAAGCGACGGUUCAACAUAAAGCUGGGAUUCGACACGCUGCACAGCCUCGUAACGACCCUGAGUUCACAGCCUAGCAUUAAGAUCAGUAAGGCCACCACCCUGCAGAAGACAGCGGAGUACAUCAGCAAGAUGCAGCAGGAGCGAUCCCAGCUGCAGGAGGAGGCCCAGAGGCUGCGGGAGGAGAUUGUAGGCCUCAACUCCACCAUCAACAUGUGCCAGCAGCAGCUCCCCGCCACCGGAGUGCCGAUCACGCGGCAGCGCUUCGACCGCAUGAGGGAGAUGUUCCGCGACUACGUCAGGGCCCAGACGCUGCAGAACUGGAAGUUCUGGAUCUUCAGCAUCAUCAUCGAGCCCCUGUUUGAGUCCUACAAUGGGAUGGUGUCCACGGCGAGCGUGGAGGACCUGUGUCGGACCACCCUGUCCUGGCUGGACCAGCACUGCUCCCUCCCAGCGCUCAGACCCACCGUCCUCAGUUCACUCCGCCUCCUCAGCACCUCCACCUCCAUUCUGACUGACCCCACCCUGGUCCCGGAGCAGGCCACGCGGGCGGUCACCCAGAGCGACCCAGCCCACGGUUACUCCUAGGAAACGAGUCUCUGCUGCGGCCAGCGGGGCAGGCAGCGCCAUCGGGGCGCUUGUGUCAGUGGCCUUCACGCCACCGGCGACUUCAUCAACAGGGAAACUGUUCACAGUUCUGAUUGUUAUUUCUGCUGUUAAACCUAAGGGCUACAGAUUUAUCACCCGUACAGGUCCCCCUAGCUGCUCUCUGACCCCCCCCCCCCUCCUCCCCUUAACAUUCCACAUAAUUGUCUUCAUUGUUAAAAGUAUGUCCCUGUACAACUUCUUACAGCUUUCAUGCUGGGUGGUUUCUAUAUUUUGUUUGAUGUAAAAAAAAAAAAACACCCACUUUGUUCAUUUCAGCUGGGGUAUGGUUCAUCCCAUGAAUCAAUGAAACUGCUAAGCCACUAAAUAUUAGUGAAGAGAUUCACAAACACAGUGCAGUUACGAGGGUUAUUUAUCUUCUGUUCUCUUGGCAGGGUAGAGCUUGAUUUUAGCACCAGCUUGUUUAACUCAUCGGACAGAAUGUGUACUUGUGUACCUGCAUUAGACACUGUAUGCAAGACCUGAGUCAUUUCUUUUUUUGGGGUCAGAAGUCCCAUGUAACAUCGUUUAAAUUCAUAUGGUUAUUUUAAAAUUGGAGUUUCUGAGUAUAAAGUAUACAUAAUUUAUCUGAUUGAAAAUUUUCGUUGAGAAUGAUUGUUGAAACGUUUGUUUUUUUUUUUGUUUUUUUAUAGUUCGGUACAAUGUGAAUAACACACGCAAAUCUGACUCAAAAAGCAAAAAAACUUGUUUUUGUUUUGAUGUUUAAAAUGUUUUUAUCCAUUCUUGAAUGUUAUCAUGGGAUUUGACUUGUUUUUGUUUUUUAAAUUUGCAACUGUUUGAACAUUUUAUUAAAUUGAUUUUGGUUCAAA